AUGCCUCCCAUGAAUGCCCGAACUUUAACAAUGCCCAUGGCGGCCGCAACCAUGGCGAUACUCCUCUUCGUGUAUACGCGCACGUCCAUCAACGCCGCAAAGACCAACGCCAAGAUGCAACGUGAAGCCGACGGCGGACAGAUAUCGUGGAGAAACCAAAGCCUACGUCAACACGGGCAGCUUCCCGACGAGCCGCUGCCUGAGCAGAGCGGUGUUGCGAGGGUCAUUGAUAGGGUUUCGACGGGGAGGGGUGCGGGUGGUGAAAGGGCAAUGGUUGAGGGGAGCGAGAUAGCAUCAAUUGAAUUUCAAAAUCUUGACACCAAAGUCAUCAAAACCAAAGGUGAAGCGCCGCAUUCGAGCAAGGGACCGCCCCCGAUCAACUAUAGAAAUUUGUAA